UCACACUCUCUCCCCCUCUCCUUCACAGCUCGUGGCUCACGGACACGCGCUCGGCAGCUGUACAUCUCUCACUUCCGGUUCAUCAUGGCGGCAUCCAUGGCAUCCCGAGCUGUUUCUAGAGCACUUCGCGGAGCUGCAAACGGACCGUUAUUUCUCAGCAGGAAUAAGCUGAUAAGAGUGAGCCCCAGAAGAUGGCUGAACCUUCAGGAGUACCAGAGCAAGAAGCUGAUGCAGGAGUGCGGAGUGGCUGUCCAGCGCUUUUUUGUUGCCGACACUGCUGCUGAGGCCCUGGAGGCUGCCAAAAGGCUAAAUGCUAAAGAAAUCGUUCUGAAGGCUCAGAUCCUGGCAGGGGGCCGAGGCAAAGGGGUGUUUGACAGCGGCCUGAAAGGUGGAGUGCACUUAACCAAAGACCCGGCGGUGGUGCAAGAGCUGGCCAAUAAGAUGCUCGGCUUCAACCUGACCACCAAGCAGACGCCGAAGGAGGGCGUCAAGGUCAACACGGUGAUGGUGGCUGAGGCUCUAGAUAUCUCCAGGGAGACAUAUUUCGCCAUCCUGAUGGACCGUUCGUGUAAUGGACCUGUGAUGGUGGGCAGCCCGCAGGGGGGAGUGGACAUCGAGGAGGUGGCGGCCAAAACACCAGAGCUUAUCUACAAGGAAGUUAUCGAUAUUUUCGAAGGCGUUCGAGACGACCAGGCGCUGCGCAUGGCAGCUAAUUUGGGCUUCAAAGGGCCGCUGGAGAGGCAGGCUGCAGAUCAAAUUAAGAGGCUGUACGAUCUCUUCCUGAAAGUUGACGCCACUCAGGUGGAAGUGAACCCACUCGGCGAGACUCCCGAAGGACAAGUUGUGUGCUUCGAUGCCAAAAUCAACUUUGAUGACAACGCCGAGUUCCGGCAGAAAGACGUCUUCGCCAUGGACAACACGACCGAGAGCGACCCCACGGAGAUGGAGGCGGCCAAAUACGACCUCAAAUACAUCGGCCUGGACGGCAACAUCGCUUGCUUUGUCAAUGGUGCUGGCCUUGCCAUGGCGACAUGUGACAUCAUCGACCUGCAUGGUGGGAAACCGGCGAACUUCCUGGAUCUGGGAGGAGGCGUGAAGGAGAACCAGGUGUACGCAGCUUUCAAACUGCUCACUGCUGAUCCGAAGGUCGAGGCCAUCCUGGUGAAUAUCUUUGGCGGGAUUGUGAACUGUGCCAUCAUCGCUAACGGCAUCACUAAGGCCUGCAGAGAGCUGGAGCUCAAGGUGCCCCUGGUUGUCCGGCUGGAAGGAACCAACGUGCAGGAGGCUAAGAGGAUCCUGUCUGAGAGUGGGCUACCUAUCACCGCAGCCAAUGACCUGGACGACGCAGCCAAGAAAGCAGUGGCCGCUAUCGCCAAGAAAUAACACACACACACAUACACACACACACACACACACACACAGCCUUAGUUGAACCUGUUUUUCACCCCAUGCAAACCUGUCUGUCAAUCAGACAGUAGGCUCUUCCUACAGAGCUGCUGGCAAAUCAGACUCGUGCAUUAGAUUAGUGACGCCCUAUUCAGAUCAUAAUUAGACUAAACUCUAUAUUUUCUUGUUUUCUGACAAAAACCAGGCCGCGCUUGGGACCGAACUCAUCCCUAACAGUGAUCGAUAAGUCAUUCACUUGUUUAUUUCAAGUGCCACUCAUCACCACACUCAUCACCACUCUAUACCAUUUGUGAAUUAAUUCACUUUGCUUCUUAUUUAAUUGUCUGGAUUUUUGUUUUUUCUGAUAUUAUGUUGAUAUAAUGUUUGCAUUCUGCAUUGCUGAGACAGGAAGCUAUGCCUUAUCAGUGUGACUGCAUCUGCAUGCUUACCUGAGAUAGUGAUCACACAACGAAACACAUUAUUAUCUCACUGCACACAAUCGAACGCUCUCUGAUGCUUAUCAUUAGCACUGUGAAAUGGGUUGCAAAUCCUGGUAUGGAUUUCUUAAGCUGCUUAUAGUGUGAACAUCAGCACCGUUGCAUCUGCUGGAACUUCUUUUAAUAGGAAGUAAAGCAGGCGUCAAGUAAAGCAGUCUGAGGCCACUACCAUGAACUAUUCUUAUUUCAUCACUUGUGAGGAAAUGUAUAAUUAGACCAAAUUUUCUUAUUUUGAAAAAUCAUUCCACCAGUCUUUCCUAAUUUAAAUCAAAAAGUGUGUUUUUAUUGACUGAAAGGAGAAGCGAUGAGAACACAAAGCGCUAAUACUGAAAUGACUGAUGAUAAUUAACACUGUGUUAGGCGUGUACGUGUGUUAAUAUUCGACUGAAAAAUAGCAUCAUGAUGAUUCGGAAGCAUGAAACAAGCCGGAUGUUCAGAAUGAACUGAUUUGAAUUUACUUCUCAAACCUCUAACAGUGAUAGGUCUCAGUGGAUAAAUAAUAUCAACUGAACUGAAAAUGUGUCACAUUUUUACAGACAGAAGAACUCAAUUGUUUUCAUUUUGUUUCACUGUUUGCCAGAAUUCAGGAACAUCUGAUGUGUUUCCGCAAACCACCACAAAUAAAUCGUUCCAUUUGAGGAUUUUUCAAUCCUACUGUUCUAUUAUAAAAAUUUACAAGUAUUUAUGGGUUAAAAAACACAAAGUUCAGUUUAACAUUAACAUUAACGUGUUCACACUAGCAAGUAAUAAAGUGUCAGAUGUAAGAUCACGACGCAGUACCACAAUUACACGGAGAAGAAGUGUGCGAAUUAGAAAAAUAUUUUCUUAUGAGAAUUUGGAUAAGCAACACCCACAAGCGACAAUGUUAGCAGUUGCAACAUGGCCACAAACUAGAGCGACAUCUUGCGGCCGAACUGUUGCGCGGUAGUGUAACAGCAGUGAGACGUAGAACUGAGCCGAGUAUGACACACAAGUCCAGGUGGAUCUUAAACUGAACCGGAUGCGGAUCUAUUCUGUAACUCCACGUGGCCUUGUUUUUUUCCUUGUCAGCAAUCUGCAUGAUUUUCUCUGCCUUACAGAAAAGUGCUGUGUGAGUGAUGAAGACAACACCAUUUUCUUUCUUUUCUUUUCACGAUUGUGUGUCAUCACUUCAUCCAGGAUGUGCUUCAGGAGCAUUCUGGCUUUCCCGUGCCUUUCAUCGAGAUGAUUUAAAAAGCAGCAUUGUCCAUUUUUCUGUAUUUCUUAAUGUAAUGAAACAAAUUUGAUGUAAUUAAGCCCUUUUGUAAUCAUGACUAUAUUUUGUGAAUUGAAUUCUGUUUGAAAUUUCUAUCUCUAAAAACGAUGCAAUAAAACUCACCCCAAGAUAUUUA